GGCGCUGGGCCCGGCGGUACAAAAGGCCGCCCGCCCCGCCCUCCCGCCUUGACUUUCAGGAUCCGCAGUCGCUGGAGCAGCGGGGCAGAGGCGAGGGGGCCAGUCAGCGCACAGCCCACAGCCCUCACCAGCCCCCCACCAAGAAGCCAAGAGCUCAGCUUUCGGGGUGCCUGAGUGUCUACUGCCCACCACCUCUGAACCCUGACCUCUGCCCUCCUUGGGCACAGGAGGCACCAUGUGGCACUGUCCACUGGGGCUGCUGCUGCUGCUGCUGGCUGGAGAGUUGGCCCUGGGCGUGCGGCUGGGGCGUUGGCGCCGGGAGCUAGCACCAGCUCUGCACCUGCGGGGUAUCCGGGAUGCCGGUGGCCGGUACUGCCAGCAGCAGGACUUGUGUUGCCGUGGCCGUGAAGAUGACUGUGCUUUGCCCUACCUGGGCACCACCUGUUACUGUGACCUCUUCUGCAACCGUACCGUCUCCGACUGCUGCCCUGACUUCUGGGACUUCUGCCUCGGCGUGCAUCCCCCCAUCCCCCCUAUCCAAGGAUGUAUGCAUGGGAGUCAAAUCUAUCCAGUCUUGGGAACCUACUGGGACAACUGUAACCGCUGCACUUGCCAGGAGAGAGGGCAGUGGGAAUGUGACCAGGAGCCAUGCCUAGUGGACCAAGACAUGAUCAAUGCCAUCAACCAAGGCAACUAUGGGUGGCAGGCUGGGAACCACAGUGCCUUCUGGGGCAUGACCCUAGAUGAGGGCAUCCGCUACCGCCUGGGCACCAUGCGCCCCUCUUCAUCUGUUGCCAACAUGAAUGAGAUUCACACAGUGCUGAGCCCAGAGGAGAGUCUGCCCAGGGCCUUCGAGGCUUCUGAGAAGUGGCCCAACCUGAUUCACGAACCUCUUGACCAGGGCAACUGUGCUGGUUCCUGGGCCUUCUCCACUGCAGCUGUGGCAUCUGAUAGAGUCUCCAUCCACUCUCUGGGGCACAUGACACCUGUCCUGUCACCCCAGAACUUGCUGUCCUGUGACACCCACAACCAGCAGGGCUGCCGUGGUGGGCGGCUCGAUGGUGCCUGGUGGUUUCUGCGGCGGCGAGGGGUUGUGUCUGACCACUGCUACCCAUUCUCAGGCCACAAGCCAGACAAAGCGGACCCUGCACCCCGAUGCAUGAUGCACAGUCGGGCCAUGGGUCGGGGCAAGCGCCAGGCCACUGCCCGAUGCCCCAAUGGCCAUGCUCAUGCCAAUGAUAUCUACCAGGUCACUCCUGCCUACCGCCUCGGCUCCAGUGAGAAGGAGAUCAUGAAGGAGCUGAUGGAGAAUGGUCCUGUUCAAGCCCUUAUGGAAGUGCAUGAAGACUUCUUCCUUUACCAGGGUGGCAUCUAUAGCCACACACCAGUGAGCCUUGGGCGGCCAGAGCAAUACCGCAGGCAUGGGACCCACUCUGUCAAGAUCACAGGGUGGGGUGAGGAGAAGCUGCCUGAUGGAACUACAAUCAAAUACUGGACUGCAGCGAAUUCCUGGGGUCCAGCCUGGGGCGAGAGGGGCCACUUCCGCAUUGUACGCGGUGCCAAUGAAUGUGACAUUGAGAGCUUCGUGCUUGGCGUGUGGGGCCGUGUGGGCAUGGAGGACAUGGGUCACCACUGAGGCUUCAGGCACCACACUGAGGAGGCCCCGGAAGAGCUCCUGCCUGCCCUGCCCGCCAGCCCAACGGAGCUUGGGGCACAGGCAGGCGCCACAGGUUUAAUCCUCUGUCCAGUUUCCGCUGACGCUGCUCCCAGCCUGGGAGCUUCGGGCAGGGAAGGCGGAGGUACCUACCCCUGCCCCCCCCCCCCCCCAGUGGGGACAUGGCAGAGCCUGGCCUGGGAGCAGUGGAGCAUCCCUAUGGGAGAUCACGGAAGCCAGGGCACCCCCAAGUCCCCACCCCCCACUAUUCCACCCCACUCCACCCCAUUCCUGUACUCUUACUCUUCAAAGAUAUUUAUUUUUUUUCACUGUUUUUAAAAUAAAGCCAAACUAUUGAUAAUUAA